CGCGCGACGCGCUGGAGAACGACGAACAUGGGAAGAUUUCUCGCCAUUUUGAUCUAAUUUUACGAGUUGAUAAAACCGAAGAUGCCGAAAUUUCGUCCUAGGAAGACAAAUAAAGCUAGCUGGUCCAUGGAACAACUAAAAAAGCUGUAAAGCUCAUGGACGAAGAGAAUUAUUCAAUGAGAAAAGCCGCGAAAACCAUGAACAUUCCAUUUUCCAGUCUCCAAAAGAGAUGCACAAAGAAAAAAACUAAGGAACCUCGCCUCGGCCGUAACACAGUCUUCACGCCUGAGAUGGAAAAAGAAUUGGCAGACGUAAUCAAAAGAAUGGCCAAUGUCUUCUACGGUUGCACACCAAGCCAGAUAAAACGUGUGGCAUUCGAAUACGCGGAAUCCUUGAACCUAAAACACAAUUUUAACAUGUCAAGAUUAGCUGGACGAGUUUGGUUUGAAGGAUUUGUUAGAAGGAAUAAUAUUUCUGUACGAAAGCCUGAAGCUACAAGUAUCAACAGAGCUACAGCUUUUAAUAAAACUGAAGUUCAACGAUUUUACAAGCUGCUAGAAGAGCUAAUGGAAAAACAAAAAUUUCUGCCAAAAAACGUUUACAACUGCGAUGAAACCGGUGUUUCUACCGUGCAAGACCCUGGAAAAGUAUGUGCUGCUAAAGGACAGAAAAGGGUAGAAUCUAUAACAAGCUGGGAAAGGGGUAAGAAUAUUACUUUGCUCUGCACCAUGAGUACUGCCGGUGGAUACAUUCCCCCGAUGUUUAUAUUUCCCAGAAAGAGGAUGACGCCAACCCUGGGAAAGGAUGGCCCAACAGGAGCUAUUUAUAGAUGUUCAGACAAUGGAUGGACCAACGAGGAUCUUUUUCUUGAGUGGCUUAGGCACUUUACGCAGCAUGCCAAACCUUCUGCUGAAGAACCAGUUCUACUAAUAUUAGACAAUCAUGCGAGCCACAUUUCUCUGGCCAUCCAUUAGCAUUGCAAAAAAAAAUAUAUUCAUAUGCUGUCUCUUCCACCCCACACUUCUCACCGCAUGCAGCCAUUGGAUGUGUCCUUUUUCGGAGCAUUUAAAGCUUCAUAUAGAAAAGAAUGUGACUUUUUUAUGAAGAGCCAUCAUGCAGAAAAAAUAACACCCUAUGAUGUAGCUUCCUUGGUAAAAAGAGCAUACUCAAGUGUUGCCUCCAUGAGUAAGGGCGAAGCGGGAUUUAGGGCAACGGGCAUAUUUCCCAUAAACCCCAAUGUCUUUUCAGAUGAAGACUUUUUGCCAGCUGAAGUUCUACAAUCAGAGCCCAUUGUAGUACAAGAUCUUGCCGACUCUAUUUCAGAAUCGAAUGCUGCUGAAACUGUUGAUACUAUUUCCAUACCAAUAGCCGCUGUUGAACUAAAGAUAAUCCUAUUCCACAGUCAUUCGCUGAACCAGUGACUCCAUCAUCGUCUCAAUUAGAAAUUGCAAUGCCAUCAACAUAUGGAAACCUCCCAAGCAUCCAAAAUCUCAUCCAGAUGCCUGAGAAAGCUCCUAAUCUUAAGAGAAGACAAGGAAGAAAUAAACAACAUGCGACAAUUUUGACUUCAACACCGAUCAAAGAUGUUCUGAUUGAUAAAGAAAACAAAAGGAAGGCUAAAGCUGAGAAAACUAAGGGAAAAGGAAUAGAAAAAAAAGCAAGCUACAGAAGGACAAUAUUAAGAGGGUUAAGAAGAAAAUUCUCCAGGAAACGACUGAUACUUCGAAGUCAGACGUGAACACGGAUGAUUUAUGCCAGGAUGGUGAAGACGACGAUGCAGAAGGCGCAAAUAACAUGUGUAUUGUAUGUGGUGAAUUUGGACAAGACAACGAAUUAUAGUAUCGGUGCACGU